AUGGAGCAGAACAGUGAACAUCCAAUGGUUUUCUCUGUCAAAGUCUACUGUUUACAAGAGGAGAUGCCGGGCCAAAGUGAAGUGAAUGCAGAUCUACAGUUCAAAAUAAACAAACUCAACGGCCAAGAUCUGUCCCUGUGUUUGACAUCUGCAGCAGAGAACGGACUCCUCUCGGUAGAAGACGGAAACAAAAUUCCACUUUUCCAGUUCCCCGUUUCCAAGCAGUUGGACUGUUGUCAGGCCGGGAGUCAGUCGUUCGUCAUCACGUUUGAGAAACACAGCUACAUUCUACAAUUCAAAACUAUAACAGACAUGAAGAUAUUUCAACAGCAUCUGAGGAGACAAGAAGAUAAAACUAUUGGUGAAGGAGAAAGGACAGGAAACAAGGAUGUAGGACCUAGGAGACACUUGAGACCUGAGGCUUCUCCUUUAAACUGUUAUGAGUUCCACAGUUGUCUUUCGCAGCAGCAGAGCGUUCUACAGGACUAUGGCCGAACAGCCACUUAUCACAAAGCCAUUCUGCUCAAUGAAAUGGAUUUCAAGGACAAGGUGGUGUUGGAUGUUGGUGGUUCGGGAAUGUUGUCUUUCUUUGCCCUUCAGGCCGGAGCAGCUAAAGUUUACAGUCUGCAGUCUGGACCUAUGGCUACAUAUACACAGUCCCUGGUCCAGUCGAAUGAUCAGUCUGGUCGGAUCCUUGUCCUAAACCGGGACUUGGACUCAGUGGUUUGUCCAGAGGAAGUGGACCUCCUCCUCACAGAGCUGACUGGGCACCUGCUGCUGUCUGACCCUCAAAUACACAAGGUCCUGAGUGUGAAGAAGUGGCUCAAAUCUGGAGGUUUGAUGUUUCCGUCCUGGGCCGAUGUCCACUUGGCUCCUUUUAGCGACGAACAGCUUUAUUUUGAAAACUACGCAAGAGCUGCUUUCUGGCAGCAGAGGAAUUUCUAUGGAAUAAACCUGAGUCCUCUUCACAACUCUGCAGUGGAUGAGUUUUUUCGACAGCCCAUAGUGGACACAUUUGAAGUCCAGAUCCUGAUGUCUCGCUCGGUCAAACAUCAGAUUAACUUUAAAGAGGCAACACCAGAAGAUCUACAAAGAUUGGAGAUUCCCUUCAUGUUCACUCUACAACAGUCUGGUUUGGUUCAUGGACUGGCCUUCUGGUUUGAUUUGGCAUUUCAAGGAUCCAAAGCAACUGUUUGGAUGUCUACCGCCCCGACAGAACCUCUAACCAGAUGGUACCAGGUUCGAUGCUUGUUUCAAACUCCACUCUUUGCCAAAAUGGGACAAACUUUGACUGGGACUGUUUUACUGGCGGCUAAUGACAGACAAAGUUAUGACAUCCACAUCACAGCUACCAUUGACCAAUCAGGAUUCACUUCUGGAAAUGUUUUGGAUCUUAAAAACCCAUUCUUUAGACAAAAUCAAUGUGUGUAUAUCUGUGUCUGGGUUUUAAGGAUGCCCUCCUGGUUCCACAGUUAA